AUGUUUGCUUUCAAAUGUCGCAGCGUUUUUAAAUUGUGCAGUAACAUAACUAUACGUGAAAUAAGGCAGAGAAGGUUACCAGGACCCAAUCCCGGCUUAGACAAAAGGCUGGGGGCUUUUAAAAGGGAAGGUGUUAAAAUUGAAGAUGAUGAUGCUGAAGAAUUUAUAGAACAAUCGGACAGCAAUUUUUAUCAGGUUGGUGAAGCAUAUAACGAGCAUUUGAAUGAGACCCUAAUUGGUAAAUAUGAAUUACGGCACCAAAUAGUCAAGGAAAAGUACUUUAAAGAAAAUAUGCCUAACCUCUUAACAUGGAGUGAAAAGGAACAGAUUCGUCACUUAGUGAACACAAUGCCAGAUGAAUGGACACCGCAAAAGAUAGCUGAAAGUUUUCCAGUAACAGAACCCGUUGUGAAGAAAUUAUUAAAGUUUCCUUGGAAACCAGCAUCUGAGCAAAGGAUUGCAAGACACGAUGCAUCUGCUAUGAGGAACUGGAAAGAGCUAAGGGAAGGCUCAUUGAAUAUUCCUGAAGAUUUAAGGCAACAUUUUCUCAAAUUCUCAGAAAGAACAAUACCUCCCAUACAAAAAAGUAGUAUUAAAGUAGAUCUUUCCCAGGAAGAACGGAUCGGAGAAUUUGAAAGGAUUAUCAGACGGUGUGCAUCUAAGGACGAUAAUACCGAAAAGGACUCCGUAUCGGAUAAUACUAUGGAUAAUGAAACCAAUAUAAAUAUAGAGAAGCCUAAAAUAGAUAAAAGCAAAAUGACACUGGAGGAAUUGGCUAGCAAAAUUAAAUCUAGGAUGGAAGACGGGCAAAACAUUGAGAUGUCAGAUCAGUUAAUUAUAAAUUCUGUUUCAAAUGUUUCUCAACCUAAACCAAAGGAAGAUAAUAUAAAACUAUUGGAUCAAAUUAAAGAACAGACAGAUUUGGCUGAGUUCAAAGCGGAUGAUAAUAAAAUAGAAGCCGUGUCUGGUAAUAAUUACCCUGAACGGAUUAGAAUACCAAAAAAAGCUUACAAGAAAAAUGCAACAUACAAAGUUAACGAUUGUUAUUAUGAUCAUGAUGGUAAAUUUUUAUAUAGAGUAAUAGGUUUAACAGACUGUAAAUAA